AUGAUUUUCCGCAACCACCACACACCAGCCGGAAACCACCAUCACACCAGCGGCACACAUGGGUCGCGUCGGUCGCGCCGGCACAGCGGCGAUUCAGACAGCUCGUUCGACAGCUCGGAUGGUGAGGACAUCCCAGAGUCGGUUGUCGGCCCAAUCGAGAUCCCAAAGUCGCCCUCACUACCCGUGUCGGCACGCCAAGGCUCUACACCGGGAAUGAGAGCACCAUCGCACAUCAACUUCAACGGCAACCUGCCAGUCAACAACAGCGACAACCCGAUCAACCGGCGACGGUCAUCAUACAGCAAGAAUUCUCUGGCAGGCAGCCGCGGACGCAAAAGCAGAGAGCCCCGGUGGCCGCAGCAGCUAUACAAGCAGUGGUUCGGCGCGAUCACAGAGGGGCGGUCGAUUCAGGUGCACGCAAUGCUGGCCGACUACCCAGAGGUUUUGAACAUGCGGCGGAUCGAACCGACGCCGUUCCAUAGUGCCCUGACGCCGAUUGCCAGCGACUGGCUGGGGAUGGACACGACAGGCAUGGAUGGCUUGCAGGUGGCCAUAAUGGGGUACAAGAACGCGUAUGCGCACUGGCGGAUUGGCAACCAGCAGCAGCAACAGCAGCACGAGCAUAUGUCGGGCAUGACUCCUGAGCAGAUGCGCGAACAUGUCGCAGUACGCGAGGUCAUCCUGAGCGCCCUGAUCGACGCGACGUCGCCCGAGCAGCUCGACUCGCACCUGUUUGGUCGCCAGCACAACACCACAUUGCAUCUGGCCGCCUUCUAUAACGACGCAAAUUUGGUCGAGCGGUUGCUGCGCCAGGGCGCGGCAGUAGAUAUCCGCAACAAGAUGGGGUUCCUGCCAGCGAGCAUUACAAACGACAAGCCCACGCUUCAGUGGCUAGCCAUGUAUCGCGAACAGGUGCGUGGCACGCGCUACCAGAUGUACCCGCCGCACCAGCCAGCGCAGGUGCAAGAGUAUGAAUUUCCGCAAGGCAGCCUGAUGGAUUCUGGCGACCCUGAGGUACCGAUGGAGAUGCUAGAGCAUUUUAGCGACGAGGAGGAUGUGUCGGCAGCCCGGGACACUGGAGAUCUCGGCUUGGCUGGAGCCGGCGGGUUGCCUGGCCUGCAGGAUUCGAGCAACGACGACACAUGCAUCAGCGGCAAUAAUUCGGACGAGCACAUCAAGCAAAUGAAGCGGCAGUCAGCACAGUCUGACGAGUACGCUGAUGACCAGGAUGACGAGGUUUCACUGUUGUCAUCUUCAGGCGACCGCACCAGCCUUGGCCUGGGUGGCAGCCGUACAAGCAUGGAAAAGCGCAAUAGCGACCACCAGCCGAUGCAGAAGAGAAUAUUUGACAAGAAGCGCAGCAGUGCAUACAGCGGCAGCGGACGGCCUGUCAGCAUGGUUUCGAUUGAAAGCUCUGACUCUGGCCGCCCGCGCUCGUCGUCAAAUGCAGACAGCAUGCUAUCGUCUUACUAUUCUGCCGGUGGACUGGGCAGCGAGUCCGAGUACCAGAGCGCACAGUCACAGACAGGAGAAGAGCCUGUGGCAAGUGUGGCAGAGGAGACUGACGGUAGUGACACCGUGAGCCAGGUAUCAGACGGCGGCGAUCCGCUGCCGCAGUCAAACGACCGGUCGAUCCGGAUCAAAGUGGAUCCGAGCACAAUCAACGACGAUGACAUUGAGGGGAUCUUUAGCGACUCGGACGAGGUCGUGCAGCAGGAGCCAUCGUACUGCCAGUCGGGAUCAGGCUUGUCUGAGUCGGGCAAGUCGGUGUCGCCGGCACUGUCGGCUACUUCCGGCAAGCACUUGUCGCUCAGCUCACUGUCAUCAUCGGGCUCGAUCAAUAUGCAGUCGCUGGCGAUGGCUGUUGAGAAGGCACACAUGCCAGAUCUAAAGGCAAAUCCGGUUUCGGCGUUCCCAGUCAGCAUGCAGAGUGCCGGGGUUCCGGCUCCUGAGAUGGCCAAAAAGCUGGCGCCGAUUUCGACCUCGCCGACGCAUUUGGCAAAGGGCGACGAUUCGAUGCAGAGGCCAACAAGUCCGUUUUCGCUGCGUGACUCGCUGUAUGAGAUGAUCAUGGGGCGGCCGGCCAGCACAGCUAGCAUGGCGAGCCGCACGUCGACUAACAGCAACAGCGAGUCAAGCAGCUCGACAGUUGGUGUGUCGUCGUCGGCAUCGCCGUUUGGCGUCCCAGCUGCCAACGAGACGCAAGAGUCUGGAUCUAGCUCGCUGACGCAGACGGCAGAAUUUACCUUCCGCCCACGGGCAAUGACACAGCCUGAUCUGCACACAUCGAUGAAUGACUGGCACAAUGGAAUACCCGAGCCGUCGCUGACUGUGGGCGAGGAGAGUAGUGUAUUCCAUGAUGAGCCUGAGGAUAUUGAUGUGGAGCGGAGGUCCGGAACGCCGUCGCCGGUUCCUGCACCGCGGCCCACAGCAGCAUCGUUAUUUGCCAUUGCCGAAGAGCCCGAGGCUGAUCAGACGGUUUCUGAUGAUUCCGAGGAUGAGGAGGCUCCUGAGAUCACUGAGCCGAUAGCCACUGUUCCCGAACCCGUCAAGGAGCGCGAGCAAGCUGAGAAGGCUGUUAGCGAAACUCUUGAGGAGCAUGAGAUGCCGUCGCCAUCCGAGGUCAUGACCAAGAACGGCCGCAUUGGGCGGCGCGGCGGGCGAAUCACGGCCGAAAUGAUGGCCGACGAUCCUGUUGGCUUCAGUUCAGAGCCCGUGUUCACCUUGGCCUCGUCGAAGCUGUCGAGCGGCAGCCUGGCCGAGUCAGCAGCAGCCAAAACCGACUAUGAGGAGCCCCAGCACGAAGAGUCCACACAAGAGGAGCCGAUGCCGCCGCCAGAUCUCCCGCUGACUCGCGAUAAGCGCGAGGAGUACCUGCAGACACUGAUCAAGCGCAACUCGUCAAAGCCUGGCGCACCCAACAAGGCGAUCCCGCGGUUCGGUGCCAGCUCGCCGAUCGGUAGGCGGCCGGUCUCGCGACCCCUGAGCAGCCUGCGUAUGUACGAGAAUGCGGCUGAGGAGAGCGGCGACGAUGGCGACGAGGAGGACAAUUCUGCGAUCAAAUCGCCGCUGCGCAAGAAGCUGGUCGAUGAGCGGCCUGGCAGCAGGCUGGAUAGUCGCAGUCCGAGUGUGCUGGGCAACCGCAGCACUGCGCCGGUGAUGGCUGAGAAGCGGCCCCGGGGGAUGACGCGCGAAGCACACAGUGUCUCUGGAGCGUCAAUCAACGGGCGGAUCCGCGCACAGACCUUUAAUGCGCUGGGCUCGGCUGCCCCGGCGCUGCAGCCGCGGCCGUCGGUACGCAAGAUCUCGCCGUCGCUGGCUAACCUGAAGACACGCAAUCUGGUGUCGCAGUCGACCGCGCGGAAGACCGAGCAACCAGCGAGCCCACUGUCGCCGGUAGGUGUGCCGCUGCGGUCACGUGCGAUGAGCACACCCGUGGAUGCCCGACCACCGUCGUCGUUGAAGGCUAUGACUAGCCCGAGCAACCGAACUAUCAACCUGGCGUCGAUGAAUGCCAGCGGUCCGAACUCAGCCCGCAUUGGCCGGGUGGCUGCUCUGUCGCAGAACUUUGAGCGCCAAACUAGCGUACCUGCCGGUAUCCCGCAGAGACCGAUGAGCUUCAUCGAGGACCGCACAUCGGCCAACCCUGGAUCCCUGGGCCUGGUGUCUGCGCCAGCCAUCCCAAAACGUCCCGACCUACGGUCUCCUGUAGAGCGCUCCACCAGUAUAUCGAGCACGUUCAGCAGAGCGAGUGGCCAUGAGAGCUCGUCGGGCGCCGGCGGUUCGGGUGUCUUCCAGGAUUCAGGCGAAAAGUCCAAUGGCAGCGCCAGGGAUCAGCCGGAUCGGCGUGGAAGUGGCGAUGGCUCUGGCGAUGGCUCUGGCGAUGCGCCGGUCGGCGGUGGUUCGGGUGCUGGCAACGGUGGCAAUGAUGGUGAAGAUGAUGGUAGCUCGAGUCCCUCGCAGAGCGUAAACACGCUGGAGCGCCAGGACAGCACCACCAGCAACAGCACGACGUCGUCGUCAAGCCACAGCACUGAUAGCCUGGGUAACCGCAGCGCACUGGGCGGAUACCAGGGACUGGGGUCUCCGCUCGAGGAUAUAGCCGAGGAUCUAGAGCUGGACCACAGUGCAUAUGAAGAUUAUAAUAUCUUCACCGGGUCAGACACUGCAGGCACGCCAGCUCCCGAGACGCCGGUGCCUGGAGCGUCGCCGCUCAGUGAACACCAUGCGAGUGUGUCUGCCCGCAAAAGUAGCGAUUCCGCGCCUGUGUCUGUAUAUCACAAGCCUGGUUUCGUAACGUCGUCCACAAACUCGCCCAGCAAUAGCCACAGGGGCAGCGCACCGAGUAGCGUGCGGCGUGACAGCCAGCACGGCAGUCGGCGCAAGAGCGGUACCUUGGCGCGUAUCUCAGGCAGCGGUGUGGUGCGCCAGCGCCAGGCGCUAUUCAACAGCGCACCGCAGCUGGUAACGGGCAGCAGCCGUUCAGACUCGCCAGUAAGCCGGACCGAGGUUGGCAGCCCACCGGGGUCUGGGCAGCAUCGGUUUCGUAGCGGCUCCGUGCAGAUGAGCGAGGGGAACCUGGAGUCGGCGGCUUUUUUUCGUCGGGCGGGUGAGGGAAGCAGCAGCCCUGUAGUGGGCCGCCCUCACCCGGCAGCCAUGGUUACCGGCUCAGCUGCCACCACCGAUAGCUCGGACUCACUCGACCACACGACCCAGAUACACGGCGGAGACCCGAGCAGCAGCGGUAGCAAUCCAGGCUUGGCCAGGCAGAGCUCCGAUGUACACUCUGAGGGCUCGCCUCGUGUACCGGAGCGCCGCAGCCCGCUGCCGCGCAUCGACGUUGUUGACGAGACUCGGUCGCGCCUCAGCUCGAAUGGCUCGAAGCAUUCGAACGAGUCGGGGGAGUCGAUCUUCACUGACAAUGCCAGUGAUCCCAAUGACAGCGUGCAGGCAGGCGCAACCAAUAACCAUGUGGGCUUGGCGGCCCAGCUCGCGUCGUCGCCCGAAAAGUUCAACCGCCAGUACCACCAGGACCUGUCGGUUUACCGCUCGCGGUCGUCCGAGGAGCUGACGCCCGGGCUUCGAUCGGAGACCGAUGCCACAGUGCCUUUCUAUCCGGAUCCGCAUCCCGAGGGGGUAGAUGAAGGCAUGCAGGGGUACUACCCGGAUCCGCGCGCGCCUAGUGACGAGUACAUUGCGAUUGAGGAUCUGGAUAAAAUCGACGAUGACGAGAUUGCUGACAUUGAGAUGCGUCGUCAGGGGAUCUUUGAUGAGAUGAUGCCCGCUGCAGGGAGUAGCCACAAGCCGUUCAACCUGUCAACAGUGUUUGAGGAGGAUGAGGAGCGCUCUUCGCUGCGCACGUCGCGGGCGUCGCUGCGUGGUUCGCGAGAGUGGCAGCCAGGGACGAUUGGUGGCACCCACACACCGUCGCCAAUGGGACUUGGGACAUCGAAUGGUUCAUCGUUGGCCUCAUCUGCCGGAAGGGCGAGCACUGAGUCGCCAAGACAGUCGCUUCUGUCGACUGCCUCAGACCCAGUGCAACCAAAGCGGCCAGAGAUGCAGCAGCGGCCGAGACCUCUGAGCCAGCCGCAAUCUGUUGUACGUCGUAUGUCGGCGAUCUCUGAAGCGUACGACAAAGAUAUCGACGAAGAGGAGGAGGAGGAUGCUGAGGAUAAUGUGCCUCUGCAGACACUGGCCUCGCCUGCUCGUUCCGCCAAAGUCUCGCCGCAUGGUUCCUCAGCAUCAGCUGGAAAUCCGGAAAGCCCAGUCAAGGUAUCUCCGCGCGAUUCGGCAGCGUCGAUGGGAGUGCGCAGCAAUCUUACAGUGCCAGGAGCCGAAGAUGACAAGAGUUCUGUGCGCUCGAUGGCCAAUUCGUCGGGCUCAUUCCCGUUCGACGCGCAGGCCGUGUAUGGCCCGAGCCUAGAAGAUACAAGCACUAUGGCUAGCCGCAGCAGCAUGGGCCGCCCCGAAAUUGGCGUCAUGUCUCGCCCAGUGUCGGCGAGUGCCAGCCUGAUGAUGCUCCAGCCUAUGGACAGCGGCGACCUGGCGCAAUCGAGCGGCGUGCGGUCGCGACAUAGUCCGACGCCACAUGACUCGAGCGCACAGCUCUUGGAGCAGGCUGCACAGCGAGCUAACCAGCCGCUGGCGGGCCACGCUACUGUGCCUGACCAUUCGAUCAUCGGCUACAGCAUCGGCAUGACUGCCGGCACCGAGGAGGGUGGGCACCAGGACGAUUAUGUCGGCAACACGAGCGUAAGCACAGCGCCAAUAGAGCUGGUUUUCCCCAAGGCCAGCACGCCGCCAGCACCGACUGUCGAGCUUGGCCACGGGUUUGCGUCGGCAGAGUCUUUGCCUGAGGGCACGCACCCGCUACAGUUUGUGCCCAACGAUGUUCUAUUCCGCGUGCCGCUUAGUGACCACGCGCGUACUGCUCUGAAUGAGCUCAACGACCCGCGGCUGGUGGCACAGUGGGAGCAGCAGCAGCUAGCGCUGCUCCGGCAGCAGUACUCCCGCUCGGCACACGACCGGCAGGAGGAGAUGAAGCGCGUGUCGCAGUUCAAGCGUGGCCCGUCGAACUCGCUGGAGUCGGAGCAGGGCGGGCUCGUGUAUGACCAUGAACUGGCACUAACCGAUGCGCCGACGCAGGGCAUAACGAGCCGCGGCACCAUCCGGCAGCUUCACAAGCGGGCACGCAACUCAGAUGCAUACUAUCCAGUGUUUGACCUGAUUCCCACCAGCCGGAAUCGACCGGCUCCAGGCGCAGAAGAACAGCUGCACCCAGAUGAUGCUUCACUCGGCGGCAGCGCGCGGUCCAGCGAUGCCAGCGUCAGCAGCCACGAGCGCCAAGUGGGUGUUGUCGACGAGGCAUUCUACUCGCCGACGUCGCAGGCAUUCCCUGAGCAGACGAUUGCUGCCAACGUGGGCGAAGCUGCCGAUGAAGUGGCCGAGGAGUCAUCGUCGGAGGUUAUGAUUGGCCCAAGCGGCCAGCCGAUCCGCCGCAAUCUUGUGCUGCGGCUGCGGUCCAAGUCCCUAGUCGACAGCGUCAUGGACGAGCUUGCCACAAAGGAGCGCCACAUCAGUGCACCGCUGCCAGCCAUGGAAACUCCGCACUUUGACGACCCAGUUGUGAAGCACGGGGGCGUGGGCGCAGACCACUACGGCACAGUGCGGCCAACGGUGAUUCCGUCGUUCGUGUCGCAGCUGGACGGAGUUCCGGCUGGUCCGUUCUUCAAGCCCCCGAGAGCAUCCGAGCGCCAGGGAUACCUGUACAUGCGCAUCCUGAGCAUUGAGGAUCUGGAGGACAAGACUGACUCGGUGUACUUUGUGAUCCGCAAUGGCAUCGACACACUGGCCACGACUCCGAUCAAGGUAGGCGGCGCAGCAUCGGCCAGCAUCAAUCAGGAGUUCCGCAUCCUGACAGAUCCGAAUGUGUCGGUGACAAUGUGGAUGCGGUUCCGCAGCGAUGCGAUUAUCUCCAACCCGCGCAACACGCCCAUGGGCGCACGGCCGCGGGCGCGGGACCCGAGCUGCCUACCGCCCAUGUUCAAGAAGCUGGUCCGGCGCAACACCCGGUCGCGCAACAACAACCGGCGGUGGAACUGUGCCCGCCCCGACGACAGCGACUUUGACUUCUCCAACCCGUCGUUCCAGUACAUGCCUGGUGCCCGCCGACCUGGUUAUGCGGCCAACAUCCAGGCUGGACAGCAGCAGCCGCGCCGCAGCCAGGCUACGGUGCCGGACCGUGUGUCAAGUGCCUUUUUGUCAGGCCAAGGCGGCAACGGCCACUACUCGACCAAGAGCAGCACCAAUGCCAACUAUGCAUCCGACCCGCGCUCGCUCAAUGCGACUCAGGCGCCAUCCAGCGUGUUCUACGAUCCAGGCGAGGCGGAGCUUGACCAGUGGUCGUCGAACAAGGGCUUGGUUCAGGCCAAGUUCAAGGAGGAGACGCGCGGCGUGGCAGUGGUUCAUGUGGGGGAGAUGCUCGAGGAGGUGUUUUUGAACAGCCUGGUUGACUCGUGGGAUGUCGAGAACGUGUGGGAGAGCCGCAAGGGCGCGCGCCUUCAGCUGCAGCUGUUUUUCAUCCCUGCAUGCCCGCUGUUCAACGAGGACGAGCUGCCGCGCACGCUGGGCCAAUGCGAGAACGCCAUGGAGGUGUGCAACUUCCACAACAGCACGCUGAACUCUGGCUUCCUGAGCCAGCGCGGCGGCGACACGCGGUUCUGGCGCCGCCGGUACUUCCGUCUGAUCGGCGGCUUCCUGUUUGCAUACCACGAGGACACUCGCGAGCCGCGGUGCUUCAUUGAUAUCAACGAGGCGACGCGGGUCAUUGACCACAAGGAGGAGCGGUCACGGCGCCUGUCGCCCCCGGUCAAGGGCGUUGCGCGUGGAUUCAAUCUGCACCGCGGGUCAACCCACCGCCGGAGCAACUCGGACUUUUCGGCGCGUGGAAACACGUCGCGGCCAUUCAUGCCUGCGUCAGUGCAUGAAUAUGCGUCAGACUCGGAGCCAGGCGACAGCGUGGAUAUUGCUGACCCGGCCCUGCGCCAGUCGUCGAUGCGGCGCCUGCGCAACCGUGAUCGUGGCGCCUCGGAUGUGUCGAGAGCGACCUUUGACUCUGCUCUAAGCAAGCCCUCGUCGAUGGACUCUGGCGUUGUCAGUGGUGACUCAGUAGACGCAGAGAGUGGAAUCCAGCACAGCUUCAGCAUCGAGUUUGGCAACCAGGGGUCGAUCGAGUUCUACGCCGAGUCGGAGCGCGAGAAGCUUGCGUGGGUUAGUGUUUUGUCGCGUAUGGUUGGGUGCAUUCCCAAGAUCCCGUCGUGGCUAAUCAAGCUGCUGCACUCUGAUAUUGCAGAGAGGGUUGAGCACGGCACGGUGUCAUCGGACUCGUCUAUGGAGAGCAUGGCGUACGGAUACCAGCCAUUCCAGCCGGUUCCUGGACCGACAAUGCGUCAUUCGGCUGCCUAUUAA